AGAUAUUUUUAAAAAUUAAGACAAAUUUAUCCUAAAACCCUCUAAUUAAUGUAUUUCUAACCAUUGACCACAGUUAAACAUGGAAUCUUCAAACGACUUUUCAAAUAAAGACAGUGAUACUGUAUCUCUAUCACCUGUCGAGUUCAGCAACUAUCAAUGUGAGAUAAACCCCGGAUUUCACGAGUUUUUAAAAAAGUCAGGAUUUGAAGAUGUUGGAUUCAGGUUCAAUGUUGUCACAAUUUUGGGAUCCCAAAGCAGCGGGAAAAGUCAUCUGCUAAACAGCCUUUUCAAUGCCAGUUUUCAGACUAUGGAUGCCUCAAGAGGGCAUUCGCAAACAACUAAGGGAAUUUGGGGAUCACUAGUGUUACCAAAAGACACUAGUGUGAGUGCUACAGUAGUUUUUGAUUCAGAAGGAACAGACUCAAGGGAACGAGGAGAAGGGAGGCUAACAUUUGAGCAUAGAUCGUCAUUGUUCUGUUUGGCGUUAUCGGACGUGGUUAUUGUAAAUCUAUGGUACAACUCAAUGGGAAACCUGACUGGUUCUAACUACGGGCUUUUAAAGACGGUAGUUGAGGCUAACUUGGAACUAGUUGAUACAAAUAAUGAAGAGAACUAUAAAACGGUUUUGUUUUUCUGUGUUCGAGAUUGGUCACCUAGUUUAUCUCCCCUGAAUGUGGUGAAGGAUUAUGUGCUAAACAAUUACAUGAGAAGUAUUUGGAACGAGAUUUCAAAGCCUGCUCGAUUUGAAAACAUGGGAGUUGAAUCACUGUUUGAAAUAAGAGUUUUCGGUUUAUCAAAUGCAGUCACGCAACCAGAAUUGUUCGAGAAGGAUGUUAAAGAGGUUAAAAAAACAUGGGAGAGCCUUAAACCUAAGGAAUAUUCAAGAAGAGUGCCAUCAGACGGAUUCUUUGUGUACUCAAAAAAUGUAUGGAAGACAAUCAUAGAACAGAAUCACCUGGACAUACCCACCCAGAAGGAAAUGCUAUCAAGUUAUAGAUGUUCAGAAAUAAAAACAGCGAUUUUGGAAUCAGCAACAACCUCCGUACCAGAACUUACAGAAACAGACUUUAGUGAAUAUUUAAUGAGCCUAUUAAACAAAGUUGAAAGUGAGUAUUUCUCACAAGCAUCGAGAUAUGAUCCAAAAGUAUCAGAGAAAGUGGGAAAGGAAUUAUUAUCACAGUUAUGUGGAAAGUUCCAACCGUGUUUUGAAUCAGCCUUGGCAGGUUACGUGAAGAAACUGGCAGUAGAGUCUUCAUCGCUACUAGAUAAGGAGUUUACAGUAAAUUCUAGUGGAAAAGAACUUAAAGUUGCAAAUGCAAGGCCAUACACAGUGUGGCCGAGUUUUAGUAAGAAGUGUGAAGAGUUACAAAGCAAACAGAGUGAAAAGUUGAGUGAACAUUUGAGUCGAUUCAAAGUUUCAUUUAAUAAAACAGUUUCAUUUGAAUAUGAAUUUGAUGCCCAACCGCUGAAAGAUCACCUGAACUUGUUAGUAUCAACAGAGUUUGAAGUUCUGAGAUCAAGGCACUUAGGGCUUCUGAAACAACAGUUAGACUCGAUGUGUAACUCAACUUUCGUAAUGGUAAAAAACAAUUUGUUGGAUCGUUCAUUAACUGAGGAUGAGUUCUGGGACUACUUUGAUGAACUGUUUGACGAAACACAUAAAAAUUGUAUGGAUCAACUGACCACAAGUUACCAGGGAUUAGUAAAUCGUGCGAGUAAAGCUGAAUUUGCCCAAUUGUCACUUGUCUUGCUUCUGAAAGCAGCCAGGCAUAACUUUGACGAGUUGCAGAAUAAUCUAGAACAACUGCUCUUGGAAAGAUUCGAUAAAUUCUUCAAUUACCAAGAGUUUAAAGGCGAGUUGGUACCGACGGAGUGGCACAAGCAAUCAGCUCAGGAGUUGAAUAAUAGAUACAAAGAGUCCAAAGAAGACGCUCUAACAUUACUCAAAGUUUUGAAGAAGACAAAAACUAAAAAGAUGCCCUCAUUUGAUCUGAACGAUGUUAAAAAGAACCAGUAUUUCUAUUCAACACUGGGAGAGCCAGUUAGUGAUAAGUAUAGUACCCCAGUAACGGAACAGUUUGCACUGGAAGUUACAAACUCAUGCUCGAAAAAGUUUUUGGAAAUGUACAAGAAUGCACAGGUUGUUCAGAAUGCAGGCACAUCCAUAAGUUCAUGGAGGAAUAUACCUCCAAUAUUCUGGCUUGUGUUAUUGGUGCUGGGAUGGAAUGAACUAAGAAGCGUAUUCAAAGUUCUUCUAAGAUUCUAUGUAGUAAUUCCACUGCUAAUAGUAUUCUAUUUCACAUUCAGCUAUUCAGCAACAAAGUUACUAGGGCCGAAAGCAGAUCAGUAUGUAAAACCAGUAAGGGAUAAGGUUUUGAGUCUAUUUACAGCACUAUUAGCUUGGUUUGUAAGGACCUUACACAUGAUUGCCAGCAAAUCCAGCAGUUUUAAGCAACGACCUGCUACAUGAUUUUAAAGAUUAAUUUUAUUACAUUUUA